UUUUAUUUAUGCCAUUUUUGUUUUGUAGUUGCCGAUGUGCUAUUGUGGAGAAAAUGGUGUGGCGGAAUUGUAAUUCUAGCCUCCGCAACGGCGUUUUGGUGCCUCUUUGAAUUAGCUGGUUAUAGUUUCGUGUCUUUCGUGGCCAAUGUAUUAUUAUUUGUUGUUAUUCUCUUCUUCUGGGCCAAAUCUGUUUCACUUCUCAACAGACCUUUGCCUCCCCUUCCGAAUUUGGAAAUUUCUGAGAGGAAUGCUGGGAAGAUUGCUAAGGAGUUACAAGUGUGGGUCAAUUAUGCGUUGUCGAUCGCCCAUGACAUUACCCUUGGCAGAAAUUUAGAACUCUUUUUGAAGGCUUAUCUGCCAUUGUAUGUCUGGUUCUCUGGUUGGUGUUGGCUUGUGGUUUGUUUCUUCAACUUCCUCACUUUUGUCUAUAUUGGUAUUGUUCUUAGUCUAUCAGUUCCCAUGCUAUAUGAUAAGUAUCAACACCAUAUCGAUGAGAAGCUUGUUGUAUCACACAAAAUCAUGCAAGCACAGUACUGGAAAAUUGAUGAAACGGUAUUAAGGAAGCUUCCAUUGCCCUCUAAUAAAAUAAAGAAGAUGCAGUAGGGUAUUCAGGUAGUCAAGUGUGAACAUAUAAUCCGGUUUUCAUGGUGUGAAGCUUUUGAUUCCUUUUUGCGCGGAUUUCAUCAGUUUUCAAAUACCAAGUUAUAGCAAUCGUUGGUAGCAGGGCUAACUUGAUAACUUAAUUUUUUGGGAGAAGAUUCAACUUUUUCUUGCAUUCUAGAUUAAGUUUUGGCCUGCAGGUUAUAUACGUUUGUGGUUAGAUUUUACAAGCUCAUACAUUUCUUUUAACUGUAUGAACAUUUCAUCACCCCUGUAUGGAAGGAGAUGCAGAGUACUUUUAUGGAGCUUCCCUUUUU